UUCAUUCAUUUUGUGAAGUGGAUUGUGAUAGGACAAAUAAUUUUAAGUUUCAACGUUAGAUGUGUAAAUUUUUUUAGGAAAUAAAGUUUUGCCCUUAUUAAAAUGUCUCAAUUUAAGUUUUCCGUAAUUGCUGUUGUGUUUUGUAGCUUGGCUGUACUUGGUAAUGGCGAAAUAACGACGAGUAUUAUUAACUUAGCACCUUCUUCGGGUUUAUCAGGUGCUGCGCGGACAACAGUUAGAGAAGGCUCGACCUUUACACCUGGUCCGACUUCAAAGGCGGUUUCACCCUUGGAAACUGCCUCUGCAUUAGAACCAACUUCUAAAGCAGUACCUGCUGCCACCUCUGAUAAACUAAAUACAACAACUUCUAGUACAACUACCACUACUACGACGACAACCACCCAUGCGCCUACUCCUGCGCCUACUCCUGCGCCAACCCCAGCUCCUACUCCAGCUCCUACUCCAGCUCCAACUCCGGCACCAACACCUGCGCCAGCCCCGAAGCCGCUCCCACCUCCAGAACCUGGAAUGUGGUCAUACUCCGACAAGGCUACUAAUGUGACAUGUAUUUUAGUGCAGUUUGCGGCACAGCUGAAUGUCACAUAUAAUAAGGAAAACAGCAACACAACCGAUCACUUCCAACUGAAUGUACCGAAGAACGCAACAGCCGUGAAUGGUAGCUGCGCAAGCGACUCGCAAUGGAUCCAGCUGAGCUGGCCAGCUACUGCGAACAGCUCCAAUACCAUGCUUCUGGUGUUCCAGGUCAAUCAAACGACCAAGUGGUAUGAACUGAAGAGUCUUAAUGUCUCUCUGGUGCCAGAAGUGUUCCACAAUUCAUCCUUCAAAGAAGCCGUAGAACUUUGGCAUGGUGUGGAAUGGCGCAGCCCUCUAGCUACAUCUUACCGUUGUGCACCUCCCACUUACUUCAACCUGUCCUCGGAGGCAGCUAUUGUUGUCGCCAAGUUGACCCUCAGCCAACUCCAGGAAGAGGCUUUCAGAUCUGGCAAGGACAAAGUCUUUAGCGCUGCCCGCGAGUGUGGUGGUGAUGAACUCCCCGACGCAGUGCCCAUAGCUGUGGGCUGUGCUUUGGGCGGUCUAGUUGUGGUAGUUCUGGUCGCUUACCUUGUUGGACGACGCCGCUCUGCUGCUAGGGGAUACGUCUCUAUGUAAUUGAUAGAUGGCGUGGAAAUCGACGUAGUGAAAUAAAUACAGCAUCGAUUUAUCUCAUUUAGUUCUUCAUAAAUGUCAUAGACCGCUGCGAAUAGAAAUUAUUUUCGAUACACGUGUAACAAAACUAGCAGCGGAUUUCAUUGCUCAAGGCGUUCGUUUAAAUAGUUGCUUGUUUGAAAAUUCCUAAAAAUGUAUAUGUAGAUAGAUAAUAGAUGUAUAAAAAUAUUCUUGUAAUUGAAAGUUUAAUGACUAAAUCUGUUAUAAUUUACCCGUAGUAAUAAAAUAAAUGUCGCAUGAAAUAUUUUUUAGUUUUGAUUUUAAUUUCAUUUAUUUCCAAAGAUUAUUCACGAUGAUAUACUGCAGUAAUCUUUCUUUCAUUGAUUUAAGAUGUUAAUUAUAAUUCAAAUGUGUAGUCUAUGGUUUCUGGAUUACAUGCAAUAUUUUUAUCGACUUAUCUUAAAUGAUUUAUAUUGAAUGUUUUUUUAAAAGAUUUUAUGUUAUUUUAAAUUCUUUGUGUGGAUUUUUUAUGUUUUAUAUGUAAGGAUAAAAAUAUUGUGUAGUCCAGUAGCGACCUCUAGUGAGGUUACUAAGUACUGAAUUUCAGGGUCGGGAUUUUGUGUCGCUUUGUGAUUUGUUUCAAAACAUUUGAAAACAGAAUAUUCCCCUUCCAAAAUAAUCUCGGAAAAACAUUCAUCAUCGGACCAUUCUUAAGUUUCCUCAUCUUUUUUAUAAGAAAAGGUACAGGUACGAUAGAAUCUCUUCAGUCACAAAGCGACCGAUAUUAAACAGUGUAAUGAAAUGAAAAAUAAAAGUUUUUUAUUGCCAAAA